AUAGGCAACGUUGUCGACUGACUAAGGCACAGUCCACGUUCGUCCGUUGGGCUGCUCAGUCGCGUUGCUCGGCAGUGGACAGCAAAUUUCUCAGUGUGUCUCGCGUUGUGUGUUCCACAUAACGGAAAUCAGAGAUUUGAAAAUCAAACUUCUAUUGUGGCAAAAGUGUGCUAGUUGCGUUUUUGGGAAACUUUGAAAUUUUUCAAGUGCAAUUGAACGUUUCACAAACAGUCUGUGGCAAUUGUUGUUUAUUUUGUCGAUUGGCGAUUUGUUGUUAAUGGCCGUGGCGCCUGCGUCGAGGGCAACUGUUGCUGCAGCUGGCUACGUUGUACAUAUGCUGCACCUGCUGGCCGAAGACAGGGCCAACCACAAAGAGGACGUCAACCAGAACUGGGCUGGCAAUGCACACAGACAGCUCCUUCGCAGCGCUGAAUAACUUACGAAUUAUUAUCGUAAAGAACUAGGAACGAACACAAUAUCAACAAUAACCAAGAGCAAUUGCAAAGUAACCAAGAGCCAGAAAAACAAAAUCAAAGAAAAGCCAGUAAAAUGCGUUCGCUAGCCAAGUCUUCGACUUCGGGCUUUAACAGCAGCGACGAGGACCUUAAUGGCAUCAGCGAAAUUGAUGCUGGCAAUAGAACCGAAAAUGUAUACUCUAUCAAAUCGAACUGGAUAACAGAAUGGCGCAUACGCAAAGAGCGUGAGAAUCUGUGUCGUGUCUUCUACAAUCGUGUGAUUGAGAACGCCGAGUGCAAGCGAUUUCUGGAGGCAGCAAAGAUCUAUGGCGAAAUCACGGACUUCAACUCGUGGCCGGCCAAUGAGCAGCUGCAAUGGUAUCGUAAUUUCGGUGUAAAUCUAACGACCUUUGGCCGGAAUAUCUCAACGGAGGCAACUGCACCUCCGCUGGAGGAUAGUGGACCGUCGCCAGUGUUGCCACCGUUUGAGACUUGGCAAACGAUUGCGAUUGCGCUCUGUUUGUUCAUGUGCAUUCUGCUGACGGUGGGUGGCAACAUUCUGGUGCUGUUGGCCUUCAUUGUGGAUCGGAAUAUUCGGCAGCCCAGCAACUACUUUAUUGCCUCGCUGGCCGCCACGGACAUGUUGAUUGGCACUGUAUCGAUGCCGUUCUAUACGAUCUAUGUGCUACGCGGCUACUGGGAUCUGGGACCGUUGCUCUGCGAUCUCUGGCUAUCCGUGGACUAUACCGUUUGCCUUGUUUCCCAGUACACGGUGCUGCUGAUCACCAUCGAUCGCUAUUGUUCCGUGAAGAUUGCGGCCAAGUAUCGCAGUUGGCGCACACGAACUCGUGUCAUUUAUAUGGUGUCGAUCACUUGGAUAAUACCCACGCUGCUCUUCUUCAUCUCGAUCUUUGGCUGGGAGCAUUUUACGGGUAAACGUGAUCUCUUGCCGGGCCAAUGCGCUGUGCAAUUCCUCAAGGAUCCCGUGUUCAAUACGGCCCUGAUCAUUGGCUACUACUGGACCACAUUGAUUGUGCUGUUUGUGCUCUACGCCGGCAUCUAUAAGACGGCCUACGACAUGCAGAAGCGCAGCGAAGCGAAGCAGCGUAAAAUGCAAUCGAUGGUGGCGUUGAGUGCUGGUGCCAUGUCCGGCAUGGCGGGGCAUGCGGCUGGCAUUGGUGUCAUCGAGGAGAAGAUACUGAAGACGAAGGUGCAGCUGUCGAGUGCACUCAACGAAAUCGACAGCGGCAGUUGCACGACAACGGUGAAGCGUUUAAGUGGCUCGGGACAGGCGAAUCCUUUGGCCCAGGCCAGCGAAACGAUUGUUGAGAAGAUGACACCCGAACAGCGACGUGCGUCGGAGGCAAAGAUCGAGGAAUCGAAGCGUGCCGCAGCCGAGGCGGAGAAGAGCGAACGAUCGAGCAGUCCGGCGUUUGAUUCCGAUGAGGAAUCGUCGGUGAAUCAGACGCAACAGCUGCUCAAUCAACAGAAGUUGGCCAAUAUGCGAAAGCGUUCGUCCAUCGGUUUGGUGUUUGGGGCACAGGCAGCGCUGCUGGCGACACGCAGCAAAGGUAACUUGCAACUGAGCACCACCAACUCCAAGUCAAUUGAGGCGAUGCACUCGAUGGGGCCCAGAUCGCCGCACCAUCAUCACCUAGCACACCAAACGAGCCUGCAGCGGGCGCAGAGCAAAGAGGAGGUGGGCAUGGGGCAGCAACACGCUCAGCAACAGCAACAACAUCACUAUCAUAAUUCCCAUCAUCAUUAUCAUCACCAAUAUCAUUAUCAUCAUCAUCAGCAGCAACAGCAGCAACAUCAACAUCAGCAUGCACAUACGCCCGUUGAGCGGCCCAAGCGCACCUCCUGCUCCACGCUCUCCCAGAUAGCCGAGCAUGAACGCCUCAUUGAUUUCCACAACAACAACAAGCAGCAACAGCAACAGCAACAACAAGAUCUAGACAAACAACAGCAAGCACAGCAGCAAUGCAAUUCCGAUCCCAUGUCACCCGUGGACCUGGCGCCCAUUGAAGUGCCACACGAACAGGUGCAACAAUGCCUCGUCCAAGCCAUCUUGCCGCCACCCGAAGCCUUUCAAUGCCCCACGCCCCUGUCCGACUAUUCGGAUCGUCCCUUUGGCAACUGCAGCUCAGGCGCUGACAGUGAGCUGGCCAUGACCUAUGACCUGCUGACGAACAACUCCGAGUUGCGUUACAUGGACGAGAGUUCGGCCAUGCAGAAUAACGACAGUGUGACCAGCUGCUCGCAGAGUGUGCGCUCACAACGCGUCGCCUCGAGCAGUCAACGCAGUGCCAUUCCACCACCGCCACCCGCACGUAAACAGCUCCAAACCAACAGUUCCCCAACCGCCACCGCUACCGCUACCGUCACCGCAACCGCAACCGUUGAGCCACAAUGCAACCAAGAGGGGGAAACUCAAUCCCAGUCACAGUCACAGUCACAAUCCCUGGAGCAGGUAGCCAUUGAAAAACGUCUUCUCGUCUCAUACACAGGCAUCGAGGACUUUGCCAAGGUGCGACGCGAGAGCUGCAUCGAGGCCAUCUGCCUGCUGGAUGUGCCCGGUGGCAAGCAUCAGCAGCCGGAGAGUCCACAUCGACGUGCCUCCAGUCCCAUGGAGACGAGCAGCAAGGAUGCGGUGCUCUAUUCCCCGAUGCCACCGCCACCCAAAACACAAUCACCAACAGUUGCAGCUGCAACGGCAACGGCAGCCACAGCAACCACAGCAGCAGCAGCAACCACAACAACUGCAGCUCAACUGGAGCGCAUCGAUGAGCGCGAAGCGUCCGAUAGUAAUACCAAUAAGAUGGCAUCCACAUCGGGCACCACCAGCAGCUCGGCUGGUGGCUGUCGAAAGGAUGCCAAGGAGCAGCUGGAUGGCGACGACGGCGGCGUCUCGCGACGCAGCUCGAGCAAAAGGCAUUUCAUGCAUUCGAUUGGCAAGCAUUUCAAGAGCAAGAAGGCGCUGCCCCUGGUCAUGGGCAUUGGCGGGGGCAGCCGGCAAAAGUCCAAGUCGGAGAAUCGGGCACGCAAAGCGUUUCGCACCAUCUCGUUCAUUCUGGGCUGCUUUGUGGCCUGCUGGACGCCGUAUCAUGUGCUCGCUUUGGUCGAGGGCUUCUGCCGCGAUCCACCGUGCACCAAUGAGCAUUUGUAUAUGUUCUCGUAUUUUCUCUGCUAUGCCAACAGUCCAAUGAAUCCCUUCUGCUAUGCGCUGGCCAAUCAACAGUUCAAGAAGACCUUUAUGCGCAUCCUUAAGGGCGAUCUGCACAUGACCUAAGCGAACUUCUGACUGCGAAUAGAGCAUCCUUGAUUCCCGGAUUCGAUUUGACAUUGCAUUUGAAUCACACAUUAAAAACACACACACACUCGGCACACAGCAUUCCCGUGAGCCCCCGAAUGCCGUGUGUCCACAAAAUAUACCAUAAGAUAACCUUAAUAUCGAAUAUCUAUAAAUGCUCCAUCAAAUCGAAUCGAAUGGGAUGCUGUCGACAGUCGACGCCGAUUGAAUUCUAAAUUUAAAAGGUGUCUGUGGUGUGCUAAGUAAAUGUAAUUUAAGUAGCCAAAGGUGUGUGUUAGUUAGAAUGGAAACUAUUGUUUACGAUACAAUACAAAUACAAUACAAUACGAUACGAUAUGAUAUGAUAUGAUAUGAUACAAGUUGGUAUUAGGUUUUGAGGCGAAUGUUUUAGACAAUAAAUAAAUUAAUGUUUAUAUACUACAUAUACUCUAUGAGAAGCAUCCCCCAAAACGUACACAACUAUCUCUAUAGCAUACUAAAUAUAUAAUAUAGAUAAAUGUACUUCUUACAUAAUCCCUGAUGCGAUAACAUAUCCCCACAACAUUUUUAUUUGUUUAUAUCAGACAUACACGAUCGUAUAUAGAGCGAGAGAUGCAGAUCAGCUCAGCUCUACAUACAUAUGUAUGUAUAUCAGCUAAUUGUGAGAAAAUAUCAAUGUAUAUUCUAUACUCAAAGUAUACAAAUAACACAUGCAUAUUGAAUACCCAUUUCAACUGAAUAAGUAUGUGUGUAAGAGAAACGCAAAUAAUUAUAUUGUGUGUACUAUAUUGGAAACUAUAAUAUCCGUGUAUAAAUGUCAAUUUCUGUGCGCGCGCAAACUCCCGAUUAACGAUGACCGAUGACCGAUUUAUGAUGAUCGAUGAGCGAUUAACGAUGCCCGAUGACCGAUAGACAGACGAAAACUGGAAACUACAAACAACUGCUCAGAUUUUGGGUAGUACAAAUAUAUAAGUAAAUAUAUCCAACAAUAUUUGUAUUAUAAGUGUAUACCAUACAUACAUAAAAAAAAAUGUUAUGUAUGUUAUUUCGCGUCUAUGCCGAGCUGCCUCAAUAAGUUGACUUUAAUAUAGUAUUUUCAAUGUUAUUGUUAUUGGUUAAUCUAUUGUUUUUUGUCUUUUCUAUCUCAUCGUAAGCCAAGUUGCCUCACUGAGUUCAUUCUGUUGAGAUUGUGAAACUGUUAUCAGUUACAUUUUUGAAUAUCUGUUGUUUUAUAGUCUAAAUCGAUUAGUUAAUUAAGCAUUUCCUUUUCCUUAGCACCUAAGAAAAGCGUGUUACAAUAACUACAACAUUAAAUAAAUACAACAUUUAUGU